GGAGGAACAGGAACAUAAUAAAGAGGUACCCUCAGAUGUGUUUCACGCAUCACGUCCACUCCAGCAUAGGCUAACAAGCUACAGCCUACCUAUGAACUCUGUCCAAGAGUACAGCCUUUCCUUGUAAUUCAGACGACAGAUGCCACAACGCUUCUCACUCCAGAGAGUGACACGGAAGAGCUUGAACGUUCGAUCGUCAGUGAUACAAGCUGGCUCGAUAUCUUUAGUGAUGAGGAUAGCUUCGCGGUACACAGUGACCAUAAAGCAGAUCCAGAAUCAGUCUGUGAGGUGUUUGUGAAUACACUUCUCGAGCAAUCGGGCGCUCGACAAUGGGGUGGCUAUGCACUGGCGACUCACCCAAAACACCUCCUUCCAACUUGGCUUGAUGAGAUUAUGAACAAAUUUAUCGCAAAAUCUCUUCAAGACACGGAUCCUCAGCUUCGAGGAGGAGCUUUUUGGACGCUCAAGGAAGCGACAGAUAUUAUCCGGCACAAGAGAUCCAGGAUCACUCGGUAUUUUUGCAAAAAUCUGGAGUCUUCUUCAGCCACUUCGUCGCCAUUGACGGAGCAGAUAAAAGAUGUAGGCCAACAGCUGCCGCGAGACCGUGUAGCUACGAAUCUUGGCUCGUUUCACAACAUGUUGGUUUCCAACGAUGUUUUCAAUCAGAUGGCUUUGGAAAUCAAGCGACGUUUCUACCGGGACGACGUGUCUCAAAUGAUAAGCGUUCGGUCCGUUGUUAGACGAGUAGUUUCCGACUACCAUACCGGCCAUUUCAGCCAAUACGAUGCGCAAUUGGAUGUACACUGGGACGUUAUUCAGUGUAUGCGCGCCCGAUAUGGAGACAGAACCCCAUCAAUUGGAUCUGUCAUUGUUCUCACUGGCUCUUCGCUCUAUGCUCAAGCUACGACAUGUGAAAAGUACGUCAGCCAAACAUGGCCCAAGACUGGAAAGAUCUUGAUCGAAGCAUUGGAUAGAUUCCUCCAAGAAAAGAGCACAGUGGACAUCGAAAUCGGCGACAAGGCACUGAACUUGAUAGAGAAAUCCCCCGGGCAACUCAGAUUCUCUACUAGAGGCGGAACCGCCUUUUCUGUAGACAUAGCACAGCAACUCGGGUGGCUUGGGUCGGCGUUAGGAAUUUCACCGUUUGGUGACCAGGUCGCUUAUGCAAAGCCCAAGGUCACUAUCAAUCCUAUACGAGAAUUCCCCGAUAUAGUUAUCCAGUUCGAGCACAGCAUCAUACACGCUACCGAAAAUGCAUGCUGGUUGCCAUUGUUCUCAGGUGCUGUUAUCGCGGCUGGGUUCCCCAUUCCAAACCGUGCAAACGAAACUGGCUUGGAAAUAGCCCUGGAAUUGUUGGCAGGAAUCUCUGGAGUACAUCACGCGGUCGAGAUUCAAGGCGGAGUGGUCAUGAAAGGCUUCUCCCAUAUAUUCAUACCAAUCCGGAAGCGCGGCGAUCGAAUUCAAUGGCACGCAAUUUUCAGCACCGAUCCAAAUACGCCUAUCACAUAUCAUGAAGGGUUGUCACAGUGCGGGUCGCGAGCAUUGCUGGAGGAAGUGAGUCUUGACGAUUUGAAGACAUGCCGCAGCAUUGUUGGCUGGUGUUCAGUUGCACAAUCACGCUUGGGAUCCGACUUGACCAACUAUGAGAACAUCUAUUACUCAGCAGCUACCGACAAAACAACUUCGACCAAAUGCUCUAAAGCCUCUCUUGGAUUUCAACAAUUUGGUAUGGCGGCUUUGGAUUUCGAAUUUGGCGUCACAGAAGGUAAAUGUCAUUUCAAGCGGGAUGGUCCGUAUCGAAACAUCGUCACUUGGGCGGAACGGACCCCUAUCGUGCUUUAUGACACCGCUGAUCGAAGAGGCUGGUUGGUCCCCGCUUCCGAAGUCCUGCUUCAUAUUAUUCAAUGCAAGCAUCGUCAAGGGUUCUUCGAAGUUGACGGCAAACGCAUUGCUCUCGACACAAAUAUAGCAGUCGACUCCACCGCCAAGGAUGUACUCUUGAAGAACAGGUCGAUCAAGUUGUCUGACGAAGAGAAACACACCUUCGAGUCUGAGAUAGCAAGUAUCUGGUCACUUCUCGAAUUUCUUAUCGCAGAGAAUGUGGCCGAUGAACAAAGGUCUUCUGGACAUGACUUCAAACCGCCUUGGGGGGACAUUCUCCAAGGCUUCGAGUUCAAUGCAGUCGUCGAACAACAUUCUCCAUUCCGGAAGAAAGAAGCAAAACUCUUCGACACAAAUGGCGGCUGGCCUCGGUUGUCGCGAGAUAUUGAUGCACUUGUGCUCCUCGCCAAUGGCUUCGAGGAAAUCAUCGUACCCGCUGUUGAGCGUAGCAACGAUAGGCUCUGUCGAAUUUGGCAGCAUGCACCCAAAGGGAAAGACUUCUUAGCGGCUGGCACUCCAAUCCUCCAGAGACUCUACGAGACGGCGGGUUGUCCAUUAGACCGGAAAUAUCUGACCACAUCGGGAUCGAAGUUGCAGUGGCACCAGGGCACUUCAAUGCUGUUUGAUCCCUGUGCAGAGCCUACGCGAGCGCAAUGCAGCUGCAACCGCCUUCAGCAAAUACUCACGAGAUCGGCCAUGACCAGAACUAUACCCCCAGAACAUUUCAAAGAUCGGGGAGCAGUUAUUUUUGGUCACGAUGGGUCGUUCUUAGCUGACAAAUUGAGAAAGCCACGGGCACCAGCAGCCAAGAUCUCAGGCAUCUACAGUCUCGAAAAUGUACCGCUGCCGCCCAUUGUCACUCAACGAGAUUCAGACGAUGCUUCAUCUUCGGACGGCGAAAUGUCUGAAGACAAUGGGUCGACUACAAGGACAGACCACACCCCUUGCAGUUUGUCGUCUGGCACAACAGUUUCAACGCAAGACAUUACUCUGACCCCACUCACUUCUUCGUCUCGGAAACGACAGCGUCUGCCAGAACCUUGUGAUUUUAACACGAGUGAUGGAUACGAAGGGCACGACGACAACGAAGAGGUGGGCUUGGAUAUUGAACAUAAGAGGUUCAAGAAUGCGGACCCGCAGCACAAACUUGAGUCGCGCUGUGUUACCUUGGGUCAUUCAUCAUCGGAGCGUGUUCGCAACAAACAUCAAGAUGAUCCAGGCACCGAGGAGCGGGUCAUGUCGUCGGCGGGGACUCCUGAUAGUCUAUUAGACUGCUAUGCUGACAAGGUUUCAGCUUUGAUGAAGCUCGUACCAGGGAGGGACGACGUCUGUGGAGCUGCUGGAAGUCCUAGGACCACGAGACUAUCGGUGCGUCUUAUGGAUCAGAUGUCAGAGCAUAGUCUGCGACGUAAGAAUGGCUUUUAUCAAGAAGCAUCGUCCUAGGCAGUCCCUACCUUGCAAGCUGGCGGGAAACCCUCACUUGGCGGAGGCUGGAGGCUAGGUGCUCUUCUGUGUCGAGCAUGGGCUGUCCUUCUUGCCGUUGCACCGAUUGGAUAAGUCUGGUACGUGGAGAUAGUUGUCUUAUUGUUGUCACCAUGUAUACCUUUCUCACUGUCUCUUGGUUCCUGUCUCAUUGACAUCUCUCUCUCUCUCUUCAAAUUCAUGAU